GCGCUCGAAUUGAGGAGUUCAUCUAUGACAAGCUGGACAAGAAGCUUCCCUCCAGAACCACCAAUGCAGAGCUGUUGGGCCAGUACAUGCUGGAAGCUGCUGAUGAAUUUGGUCCAGGAACGCCAUACGGCAGUACCCUGAUCACAGUAGGAGAGUACCAGAAGCGACUGGGAGGAGCCGAGCGUGAGUUCCUUCACACCUCAGCUAUCAAUUUCCUCUCUCCUCUUCGCAACUUUCUGGAGGGAGACUGGAGGACUAUAUCAAAAGAGAGACGGCUCCUUGAGAAUCGACGGCUAGAUCUUGAUAUCUGCAAGGCCCGCCUGAAAAAGGCCAAGCAGGCAGAAGCCAAAGCAGCGGCUGCACCUGAUUUUCAGGAGACAAGGCCUCGAAAUUAUGUUCUCUCUGCCAGUGCAUCAGCGCUGCUGAGUGAGGAAGUAGACAAAGCAGAGCAUGAACUUCGUGUUGCUCAGACUGAAUUCGACCGACAAGCUGAGGUCACCAGGUUGCUGUUGGAAGGCAUUAGCAGCACACAUCUCAACCACCUGCGUUGUUUGCAGGAUUUUGCAGAGGCUCAGGCUACUUACUAUGCUCAGUGUCAUCACUACAUGCAGGACCUUCAGAGGGAGCUCAACAGAUGUGCUAAUGCUGUUGGCGCACCGCACUCCUCUGCUGCUGUCUGCCCCGACCCUGUCUCCUCUGCUUUCCUGUCCGGACCAUCAUCUCCUGGGGCCACAGUCUCCUCCUCGUCAGGCCAAAGGCCUAGCACACUGGCUAUGGAGCAGACACAGCUUCCUGUGACUGGCACCAGAAAGGCCAAGGUCCUGUAUGACUAUGAUGCACAUGAUUCCAGCGAACUUUCCCUCUUGGCUGAUGAGCUCAUUACUGUAUACACUGUACCUGGAAUGGACCCUGAUUGGUUGAUUGGAGAACGAGGGAAUGAAAAGGGCAAAGUACCCGUCACCUACCUUGAACUGCUGAGCUAAUGGACCCAGCAACACACACACACUUGCAAAAACAAACCUCUAUCUACUGUCACAUGUGUGCAUUUAGUACACUUACCAUUAGCCUCAGUUUGUGCCCCUCAUGUGUCAGCAUAUGUUCAGGUCACAGAACUACCAUAAUGAUUUUUGGAAAUGACAAAUAAUCUUGAAUAUUCAUAUAAUAUUGAAAAGCAGUUCAGCCAUACUGUACAGGUAUUUAUCAGCCUCAAAGACUCUCCUGAUCACCUGGAUGAACCCACAGUUUGUCUGCAUUUGACAGCUUUAUGGGUUGGCAGUGCGCCAACACUUCCUGGGAUUUAGAAACUGAGGCUCAACCUUGGAAAUGAUUUCUCUUUUUAUCAUUCAACAGACUGCAUAUUUUUUAAACAACUGUGAAACAACAGUUUUUCUUUUUAAAAAGCAUUGUGGGUUUUGUAAGCAUUACCAUUUAAUCAUGUUUUUAAGAAACCAAUGUGACGGUUGCCUCUGUAGCUCGAAUGUAUGCUCAUACACAAUAGGCACAACCUGUGGCUAAUGUUCUGUAUUCUGAUUUGAUGCUAUGUGAAACACUUAUGCAAAACUGCCUGUUGGGAACAUUUCUAUAAACACUGAUGAGUAAUGGGAGGAAAUUACAGCUAACACUUGAGAUAUGACAUGUUGUUACAGGCUUCCUCUUAUUCUAGUACAGUGCUGCCCAUUUAUUGUCAUACCCUCGGCCCAAGAUGGAGUUCAGACUAUGUCCGGGAUAUUCCAAUAAGGGGGCUUAUGAUGAAUCCAGCUUUGCGUAUCGAAGUGUCUGCAAUGAUAGAGCACUGGGAAAAUUGUGUUUGUGCUAAAAAAACAGAGGUUUAUACAUAAUGCCAAACUGGAAAUGUUUCCACAAAAUCAAAGGGACAGUUUCUUUGGAGAUCAAGAAAUGUUUAUUCAAACUGAGCUUUAUGGUUUUGCUUCAGUGAAAUUCCACCUUUGUCAGUAUGAAAAGCCACCCCAUCAAUAUAAGUUAUUUCCUUUAAUCAGAGGGUCUACAGAGGAUUAACUUAUCACGAUUAACUAAGUGAGCUGUUUAGUUAAUCAUGAUGACAUGCUCUGCAACAAUGCGAUUCUCUGUGAUGUGCCCUAAAUAAUGUCAGACAGUCAGUGUGUGAAUCACUCUGUGAAGCAGGUAACCAGGUUUUUGACCAACAAACAAACACAUUGCCUUCUGCGGCUGACCGAGGUGUGAUAAUCCGUCAGGCAUGACUGACGCUCAGCCCGUGAGCCGUAACAAUCGGCCGACCAUGACUUUAAACGGGGAAAAGUUAUUCCUGGAGUCAAUUUCGGGGAAUUUCAUUAUGGCAAAACCAAGAUUAUGACAUUUUUCUAUAACAGUAAACGGGCUGUUUUACUGUUGGUCAUAUAGGAAAUGAUUCAGGACUUCAAUAUUUUAUGAUUAGAAAGGGGAUAUUCUAUAAAGUGGUAUGACAUUAAGUGGGCAGCACUGUACUGUGUCUCAUAGUUACACACUCCCUCAGUUUGCUGAUAUAGCAGUUUGGCUGCUUUUGUGUGACAACUGUAACAGCUCCUUUCAGUCUUACAUUGAUACAUACACAAGCAUUCUGAUACCAAGGCCUUGCGUAACCCAGUAUUAGAUUAUUUCAGUUUGUAAUUACAACAUGGGUCUUAAUUAUGUAGUUUAGGUCAUCAUUUGCAUCAGUUACGAUAAUGUUGUUCUCUGCAAAGUGACUGCUGAGAUGUGGGAACACACUGACACGACUAUAACAAAGUUUGAUGGUGCAAGAAACACAGUUUAGCAAAAAAUUUUCAGACUAGUUUAGAGAGAAUCAAAGUGAAAUAGGAACUGAAGGACUCCAUCAAUUAAUUAACACAGACAGAAGUUAUUUGGAUUAAAGCUCAAGGGUUCCAGCAUUAAAGCUGCAAAACAGCUGAUUCUAGCCACCAGACUCUGAGUGUGAAAUAUAGACACAUGGACCAAACCAAGGCGGUGUUGUACAUCACUUUUUACCUUUUAUGCUCACUGUUUUAAGUACUACACAUACAAUUGCGACAUGCUACGUCUUCAUAAUAAGGCACCUUAACCUUUGACUGUCGCAGUCUGUUGUGAAAAAUUGGGCUGUCAUCUGUUUCUGCGUUCUCAUCAGCUCAAGCUUCUUUACACUUGUGCACCAAUGUACCAGUCGUUGUAGGACAUCCUAGUAUUUUUGGCAUACUGCAUCUGAGAUACUAUCUAUUGGGGCAUACUAAAUCUUUUUCUGUCAUGCUAUAUGGGAUGGCGGUAAAAAUAUUGGAACGUACCUCAAGUUUUGAUUGAGUUGGAUGCUGAAUAAAGAGCUGUCUGCUAGAAAAUUAGUCAAACAAAAGUUACUGAUGGCAAGUGUUUUAAUAGAUGUUCAUUUAUCUAAGACUUUGAGUCAUAAAAUCCAGGGACAAAUGAAAGAAUCUCCCACUGAGAGCUUGGAUUAAUCAGCAUUACUGGAACAACAAACCCAGAGACAAUGCCAGGACUCUCUGUUUUGAAGUGAGAUUGACUGUGGGCUAAGCUGUGUGGGUUGACAAAGAUCAAAAAGUAGGGAGAUCAAAGAAGUGCUAAGGGGAUGGGUAGACUUCGUUCUCUCUUCCAAAGAAGUUUGGCUAACCUAGAUGAUUGUUUACCACUUUCCUCACCGCUGCUGUGCUCUGAAGCUGAGUCAUACAGACUGGGACACGUUUCUGUUUCAAUAUCAUAAAUGCAGAACUUGACUGGCAACUUCUGCAAUUUGCCACUGUAGUCGCAGUAGUUGUAACGGGCUAUUAGAUUGUGAAAUGGUUACUACAAACAAUAUGUGUUCCUGUAGAACUACAUGAUCUUGCUUGGUUUUGUUCAAGAACAUCGUCGCUCUAAAAUAAAUCUCCUCUGCAAGUUUUCGUGGCACAGCUUGUAGUCAGUCUGGUGCUGUAGCUGGUUAAAAAUAAUAAUAAUCAUCAUCAUCAUCAUCAUUUAAUCUGACUAUUAUUUAAAACACAGUGCAGACAGAGGCCUCAAGUCUUGUCAUGUUCCACUUUGUGUAACAUCUUGUCAAUGAACAGGUAGAGAGAUUUAAAAUGAUUUGAAACAGAAUGGGGUGGUAACUCUCUGGACAAGUCUUGCAGACAUGUUUUAAUCUCACUCCUUGUUGGAAGCACUCAGUUUAGCACACACUAACCACACACGGCCUGCCACAAACAGACAUCUCUUCACCAGUGUUGCCACAUUUGCUUGGAAAAAUCGAGAGUAGAACCCAUUUAGUACUCAUUGAAGCGGCACAAUUUUACUUUUUAUCUGGUAGAUGUUAUGUUUUGGUCCAUCUUAUUUAAUGUAUUUUCAAUUUAAAUAUCUUUAAAUGGUCUUAACAUGAACUUUACUAAGAAACAGAAAGUAUAAUGCUGCGAUAGGAAAGAAACUAAACUUCUAAACAUUGUACUUCUUGCAACCCUCCAAAGUCUAAGUGGGUCAUUUAAUUAAAAAUCAAUCAAAGUCUCCCCCUGACCCCCUCAGAAUUAACAUUUUCAACAUUUUGCAUAUUUUAAUUUCUACUACUGUUUCCAGCAUUGUUGAGCGUAAUAACUUCAUAAGUACAGGAGACAUACACACGACAUUUUCAGGGAUGAAAAACACAUUUGGGCUGCAACAAAAUCAAUUUUACAUCCACUCAAGGUGUCACAAUCUAAAGCCAAAUUCUCAUUUUGUUUGGCAUGAUUGGCAUGAUGAGUCACAAAAAUGAGCAUUGACAGACUGGAUGUGUUUUCUGAUGAUUCACUGCAGAAAACAUUUUGGCUAAAAAAAAAAAAAUUCAAGGGCCAUAUCACCAUUUGGAAUAUGUUACUGGUCAUAGUCAUUUUCCUACAUUUUGAUACCAGGCUUAUCUUGUAGUCAUAAUUCCUUCUGGGUCAAAACAAUUUUCUAAUCUAGUCAUAUUUUAGCACAAGUCUUUCACCCACCCCUAUGAUCAUGUAGUUGUGAAAGUAUUCAUUGUGUGAAAGUAAGAUUUUGCAUGAUUCCAUUAAAUAUACUAAGAAUAUUGUACAUUAAAAAUCUGCUGAUUCUGAGGGGCUCACGUAGGAGCUUUUUUCAGCCAGAUUAUAAUUAUUUUAUAUGGAAUUACCCAUGUGGGUAUAGUUAAUUGUAUCGUGUGAAAUUUUCAGUGGACAUUGUAUCUUUAAUGUCGUCCUUACAGUUCAAACAUCUCUGAUAAAUAGCUAAACCCUCUGCAGAUGGCAAGUAUCCUCGGGGUACAGAAAACUGGCUUAUCUGGCAACACUGCUAUUACCUCAGAGAGCAUGUCGGGCAACGUCAGAUAAGCGGCGUUAUCGGGCCAAAAUAAUGCGAUAAGGUUGGAGCUUCCACCAACGGCAAGUGAAUCCAGUACUGUUUCCGCUGGAGUAAAUAUCUUGGCAGGCAAUACAUGUGGCAACUAACAAAUAAGAGGUUACUGUAAUUCAAUCAAUUAAAUGACUCAUAAACUUCGAAUAAAGUGAAGUGUUGUAAGACUCUAGAUGUUUGUUUGUGACUUAAAAAAGAUGAUGUAAAGUGGCAUUUGGGUUGUCUACUCACCAGUGAUAGUGCAAUAGGUGUGAGUCAUAUCUGUGUGUAAUGUUGUAAGGGGAUUCCCCAUGUGACUCCACAGCCUAACAUGCUAAUAAUAGAACGCAGACUUUGCAGUAGCUUAGUGUAUCUGUCAUGACAACAGACAGGGACAUUCCUGGUUUCAGGUUAUGCUGAAUGUUUCUGUCACGCCCUGAUCUUUCCUGUAGCUCCACUAUCAGCCCAAAAUACCCCCUGGUAAAUAAGGAAAUGUAACUGUCUGUAUUAGACCAGUACCCUCAGGAAUAAAUGUAUGUUUUGGAUCUGAUACUAAUAAGGCUGUUAUGACAACAAAAUGAUCAAUUUGCUGUUAGUGCUGUUUUUGUUUUUGCGUGUAAAAAACAUUUUUAGAAACGUGGAUAACAUCUGAGCGAGCUCCAUCUACUUAUGUAUGUACUUCGGUAGAUCGUAAAAUGCAGUUGAAUGCUCCAGAAAUACAGUUUGGGUGAAGAUUAUUUAGUCAAACUACUGAAUACUUUCUUCACACAACAUGUACAUUGUAGAACCUAGUCUGCUCUGAUUGGAUAAAAUACCCUAUUCACUCUAUGUGUGUGCGUGUGUGUUUGUGUACGUGUGUGUGUGUGCAUGUGCGCGUGCGUGCCCCUGUGUGUGUGUGUGUGUGUGUGUGUGUUGCAUGUUUUUAAUUUAGCUUGUUUCCUAUUUUAAAUGUCCAGACCUCGUACUGACAUCACACUUUUGUUAACUUAGGGCCCCUGAUUUGAUGUGCAAUAAACAUGCAUGUGUGUUACAACAAAAA